UAAGAAUAUAUUCUGUUAUAUUUUGUCUGUUAAAGUUGGAACUCAGUGAUUAUUGAUUGAUUAUUGCUGAAUUUUAUUAUAGUACCACAUCGGAUGCCUUGAUUCUUUUCCCUUAAGAACUUUGUGUUUCUAGUUGCUUCUGUUUAAGCUUGUCUUUUAUUGAUCGUAAAGAUGUAAUAUUGUGUAGGGGUGUGUGAAGAAUUGUUAACUGGAAAUACUACUUUAUCAAUUCAAUUAAAUGAUUCUAUUGCUUCACCUGUUGUUAACUAAGCAUAUGAAAAUGUUUUGUUUGUUCGUUUAUUCAGAAAUCACAUGCACUAUCAACCCUAGAAGGAUAUAGUGGUUAUGGAGCUGAACAAGGUGAAAAGCCAUUAAGAUGUGCAAUUGCUUCAACAUUUUACCCUGAUCUUGGCAUCGAAGAUGAUGAUAUAUUUGUCUCAGAUGGAGCAAAGUGUGAUAUAUCUCGUCUCCAGAUUGUCUUUGGUUCAAAUGUGAAAAUGGCUGUGCAGGAUCCAUCAUACCCGGCCUAUGUAGACUCAAGUGUAAUUAUGGGCCAAACUGGUCUAUACCAGAAGGACGUUCAGAAGUUUGCAAACAUUGAGUACAUGAGGUGUAAUCCAGAAAAUGGUUUCUUCCCUGAUUUGUCAUCUCUUUCUCGACCAGAUAUCAUAUUUUUCUGUUCUCCAAACAAUCCUACUGGUGCUGCAGCAACAAGGGAGCAACUGGUCCAACUAGUUCGGUUUGCUAAGGACAAUGGAUCUAUAAUAGUAUAUGACUCAGCGUAUGCUAUGUAUAUUUCUGGCGACAACCCACGCUCCAUCUUUGAAAUUCCUGGAGCCAAAGAGGUUGCCAUUGAAACUUCAUCAUUUAGCAAGUAUGCUGGGUUCACUGGAGUUCGACUGGGUUGGACUGUGGUUCCAAAGCAGUUACUGUUUUCUGAUGGAUUUCCCGUUGCCAAGGACUUCAACCGUAUCGUAUCUACUUGUUUCAAUGGUGCAUCAAAUAUUUCCCAGGCUGGUGGUCUUGCCUGCCUUUCACCAGAAGGCCUUAAGGCUAUGCGCGGGGUUAUUGGAUUCUACAAAGAAAAUACUAACAUAAUAGUCGACACAUUUGAUUCUCUCGGGUUUAAAGUGUAUGGAGGGAAAAGUGCACCGUACGUGUGGGUCCACUUCCCAGGCCAAAAUUCAUGGGAUGUAUUCAGUGAGAUUCUUGAGAAGACACAUGUGGUUACAACUCCUGGCAGUGGUUUUGGACCCGGUGGUGAAGGUUUUGUCAGGGUUAGUGCCUUUGGUCACAGGGAAAAUGUCUUGGAGGCCUGCAGAAGAUUCAAGAAGCUAUACAAGUGAUGAAAUUUAGAAUAUUUCAAUUGGUUUCAAGCUGUAUUCUCUUGGAUUAGCAUUGAUUGAGCUUUCUAUGACCCGUGUUGGUGCUGUGUUUUGAAUAAUUUUCUUUAGAAUGAAGACUAUGUUGUAGAGACUGAAUAGCGGCGUUUGUUUAGUCUGGUACCAUUUUUAUCAUUGUAUCACGCACCUCGAAUCUGAUGCAAUACAUCUUAGAUGAUGUUAAAUGUGUCUUGUAUGCUUAUAUGGAAAAUGUAGCAAUUCAACAUGGGUGAACAAUUUUCUGUUAAAAGGCUUGCAGGUCUUCCUUAA